UUUUGUCUUCGGCCAUGAACGCAACUGUGACCCGGAAGUUGACGACAUCGCUUGUCGUCUUCUCGCAGCAACACAAACAGUGCACCGUUAGCCGUGAUUUAUUCGGCCCUUUGGAACAGACACACUUAAAAUAUGGCAGAAGUCGAGGACACCCUGAAGCGGAUCCAGAGUCAGAAAGGAGUUCAGGGGAUCAUCGUCGUCAACUCCGAGGGAAUCCCCAUCAAGUCGACUCUGGACAACUCCACCACGGUGCAGUACUCUGGACUCAUCCACCAGCUGGUGACGAAGGCCAGGAGCACUGUACGGGACCUCGACCCCCAGAACGACCUCACCUUCCUGCGGAUCCGCUCCAAGAAGAACGAGAUCAUGAUCGCUCCAGAUAAGGACUAUUUCUUGAUCGUCAUCCAGAAUCCGUCAGACUGAAGCAGAGGAGCUGCUGCCUUUCUUUCUGUCUGUCUGUCUCUUUCAUUUCUGAACAGCUACACUUUUUCUUUUUUGUCUUGGAUGAAAACAAACAUCCCGUUGACCCGACACUUUGAUGAACUCGCUGUAAAAGAAGUCAGGAGUUGAAGGUGGAUUUUAAAAGUGUCUGCGCCUGACAACGAGCUGACGUCUUUCCCCGUGAUUUAGCAUUCCUGACGCAGAGUCAAUCUCACAUGUAUUCAGAAACGCAUAUGUAUGGCAAAGGCUUUUUUUUUUUGUCCAUCUUAAUGACAAAUGAUGGAUUAUUUAUUGUCAUUAUUGUUUUGUUGGCAGGAGUAUUUCAGUGGCGAGCAAUGCGACAAACAUUGACUUCCUGUUGGGUAUUUGGAACAAAUGAUAUUAAAACAAAAACGUGGAAAUGA